AUGAGCCGCAGAGCCCCGGGGUCUCGGCUGAGCAGCGGCGGCGGCGGCACCAAGUACCCGCGGAGCUGGAAUGACUGGCAACCCAGAACUGAUAGUGCAGCAGCCGACCCAGAUAAUUUAAAAUACUCUUCAUCCAGAGAUCGGGGGGGUUCUUCCUCGUAUGGACUGCAGUCUUCAAAUUCAGUUGUGGUGUCUCGGCAAAGGCACGAUGAUACCAGAGUCCCUGGUGACGUACAGAAUGACGAAAAGGGUGGCUACAGUGUCAAUGGAGGAUCUGGGGAAAUUACUUAUGGUCGGAAGUCGUUGGGGCAAGAGCUGAGGGUUAACAAUGUGACCAGCUCUGAGUUCACCAGUGUUCAGCAUGGCAGUCGUGCGUUAGCCAACAAAGACAUGAGGAAAUCACAGGAGCGAUCGAUGUCUUAUUCUGAUGAGUCUCGACUGUCGAAUCUUCUUCGGAGGAUUACCCGGGAAGACGACAGAGACCGAAGACUGGCUACUGUAAAGCAGUUAAAAGAGUUUAUUCAGCAACCAGAAAAUAAGAUGGUACUAGUUAAACAACUGGAUAAUAUCUUGUCUGCUGUUCAUGAUGUGCUUAAUGAAAGUAGCAAAUUGCUUCAGGAGUUGAGACAGGAGGGAGCUUGCUGUCUUGGCCUUCUUUGUGCUUCUCUGAGCUAUGAGGCUGAGAAGAUCUUCAAAUGGAUUUUUAGCAAAUUUAGCUCAUCUGCAAAAGAUGAAGUUAAGCUUCUCUAUUUAUGUGCCACCUACAAAGCACUUGAGACUGUAGGAGAAAAGAAAGCCUUCUCAUCUAUCAUGCAGCUUGUAAUGACCAGCCUGCAGUCCAUCCUAGAAAAUGUGGAUACACCAGAGUUACUUUGCAAAUGUGUUAAAUGCAUUCUUUUGGUGGCUCGAUGUUACCCUCAUAUUUUCAGCACUAAUUUUAGGGAUACGGUUGAUAUAUUAGUCGGAUGGCAUAUAGAUCAUACUCAGAAACCUUCACUCACACAGCAGGUGUCUGGAUGGUUGCAGAGUUUGGAACCAUUUUGGGUAGCUGAUCUUGCAUUUUCGACCACUCUUCUUGGGCAGUUUCUAGAGGACAUGGAGGCAUAUGCUGAGGAUCUCAGCCAUGUGGCCUCUGGGGAGUCAGUGGAUGAGGAUGUUCCUCCUCCGUCAGUGUCCUUACCGAAGCUGGCCGCGCUUCUCCGGGUGUUCAGCACUGUGGUCAGGAGCAUUGGGGAGCGUUUCAGCCCGAUUCGAGGUCCUCCCAUUACUGAGGCGUAUGUAACAGAUGUUCUGUACAGAGUAAUGAGAUGUGUGACGGCUGCAAACCAAGUGUUUUUUUCUGAGGCUGUGUUGACAGCUGCUAAUGAGUGUGUUGGUGUUUUGCUCGGCAGCUUGGAUCCUAGUAUGACUAUACAUUGUGACAUGGUCAUUACGUAUGGAUUAGAUCAGCUGGAGAACUGCCAGACUUGUGGUACAGAUUAUAUCAUCUCAGUCUUGAAUUUGCUCACAUUGAUUGUUGAACAGAUAAAUACAAAACUGCCAUCAUCAUUUGUAGAAAAAUUGUUUAUACCAUCAUCUAAACUACUGUUUUUGCGUUAUCAUAAAGAAAAGGAGGUUGUUGCUGUAGCCCAUGCUGUUUAUCAAGCAGUGCUUGGCCUGAAGAAUAUCCCUGUGUUGGAGACAGCCUAUAAGUUAAUUUUAGGAGAAAUGACUUGUGCCCUAAACAACUUGUUACAUAGUCUGCAACUUCCUGAUGCCUGCUCUGAAAUAAAGCAUGAGGCUUUUAAGAAUCAUGUAUUCAACAUAGACAAUGCAAAAUUUGUAGUAAUAUUUGACCUCAGUGCCCUGACUACAAUUGGAAAUGCCAAAAACUCACUGAUUGGGAUGUGGGCGCUGUCUCCAACGGUGUUUGCACUUCUGAGUAAGAAUCUGAUGAUUGUGCAUGGUGACCUGGCCGUCCACUUCCCUGCCAUUCAGUAUGCUGUGCUCUACACAUUGUAUUCUCACUGUACCAGGCACGAUCACUUUAUAUCCAGUAGUCUUAGUUCUUCAUCGCCUUCUCUGUUUGAUGGAGCUGUGAUCAGUACUGUAACUACAGCCACCAAAAAGCAUUUCUCGAUAAUAUUAAAUCUUCUGGGAAUGUUGCUUAAGAAAGAUAACCUUAACCAGGAUACAAGGAAACUCUUAAUGACCUGGGCAUUGGAAGUGGCUGUUCUAAUGAAAAAAUCUGAAACAUAUGCACCUUUAUUUUCUCUUCCGUCUUUCCAUAAAUUUUGCAAAGGACUUUUAGCCAACACUCUGGUGGAAGAUGUGAAUAUUUGUCUGCAAGCAUGCAGCAGUCUACAUGCCCUGUCCUCAUCUUUGCCUGAUGAUCUUUUACACAGAUGUGUAGAUGUUUGCCGUGUUCAACUAGUUCAUAGUGGAACUCGUAUUCGACAAGCAUUUGGAAAACUGUUGAAGUCAAUUCCUCUAGAUGUUGUCCUAAGUAAUAACAGUCACACAGAAAUUCAAGAAAUUUCUUUGGCAUUGAGAAGUCACAUGAGUAAAGCACCAAGUAACACAUUUCAUCCACAAGAUUUCUCUGAUGUUAUUAGUUUCAUUUUGUAUGGCAAUUCUCAUAGAACAGGGAAGGACAAUUGGUUAGAAAGAUUGUUCUAUAGCUGCCAGCGACUGGAUAAGCGUGACCAAUCCACGAUUCCCCGCAAUCUCCUGAAGACAGAUGCUGUCCUGUGGCAGUGGGCCAUUUGGGAGGCAGCACAGUUCACUGUUCUUUCUAAGCUGAGGACCCCACUGGGCAGAGCGCAAGACACCUUCCAGACAAUUGAAGGUAUCAUUAGAAGCCUUGCAGCACACACAUUAAACCCUGAUCAGGAUGUCAGUCAGUGGACAACCGCAGAGAAUGAUGAAGGCCACAGUAGCAACCAGCUUAGACUUGUUCUUCUUCUGCAAUAUCUAGAAAAUCUGGAAAAAUUAAUGUAUAAUGCAUAUGAGGGAUGUGCUAAUGCGUUAACGUCACCCCCAAAGGUCAUUAGAACUUUUUUCUAUACCAAUCGUCAGACUUGUCAAGACUGGCUCACUCGGAUCCGACUUUCUAUCAUGAGGGUUGGAUUGUUGGCAGGCCAGCCUGCUGUCACAGUGAGGCAUGGCUUUGACUUACUUACAGAAAUGAAGACAAAUAGUCUCUCUCAGGGAAAUGAAUUGGAAGUGACCAUCAUGAUGGUGGUAGAAGCACUGUGUGAACUACACUGUCCUGAAGCUAUACAGGGGCUUGCUGUCUGGUCAUCUUGCAUUGCUGGAAAAAAUCUUCUUUGGAUUAACUCAGUGGCUCAGCAGGCUGAAGGGAGGUUUGAAAAGGCAUCUGCAGAGUACCAGGAGCACCUGUGUGCUAUGACAGGUGUUGACUGCUGCAUCUCCGGCUUUGACAAGUCAGUUCUCACAUUGGCCAACUCUGGGCGUAAUAGUGCCAGUCCCAAACAUUCUCUCAAUGGUGAAUCUAGGAAAACUGUGCUGUCCAAACCAACUGACUCUUCCCCUGAAGUUAUAAAUUAUUUGGGAAAUAAAGCCUGUGAGUGCUACAUUUCAAUUGCUGAUUGGGCUGCUGUACAAGACUGGCAGAAUGCUAUCCAUGACUUGAAAAAGAGUACCAGUAGCACUUCCCUCAACCUAAAAGCUGAUUUCAACUAUAUAAAGUCACUAAGCAGUUUUGAGUCUGGAGAAUUUGUAGAAUGUACUGAGCAAUUAGAAUUACUGCCAGGAGAAAAUAUCAGUCUACUUGCUGGAGGAUCAAAAGAAAAAAUAGAUAUGAAAAAACUGCUUCCUAAUAUGUUAAGUCCUGAUCCAAGAGAACUUCAGAAAUCGAUUGAAGUUCAGUUGUUGAGAAGUUCUGUUUGCUUGGCAACUGCUCUAAACCACAUAGAGCAAGAUCAGAAAUGGCAGUCUAUAACUGACAACAUGGUAAAGUACUUGAAGCAAACCUCCCGCAUUGCAAUUGGGCCUCUGAGACUUUCAACUUUGACGGUAUCCCAGUCUCUUCCAGUUCUGAGCACUUUACAGCUGUAUUGUUCAUCUGCUUUGGAGAACACCGUUUCUAACAGGCUUUCAACAGAGGACUGUCUUAUUCCGCUCUUCAGUGAAGCUUUGCGUUCAUGCAAACAGCAUGAUGUGAGGCCAUGGAUGCAAGCAUUACGAUACACCAUGUACCAGAGUCAGUUGUUGGAGAAAAUUAAAGAGCAAACAGUUCCAGUUAGAAGCCACCUGAUGGAGUUAGGCUUAACAGCGGCAAAAUUUGCUAGAAAACGAGGAAAUGUGUCACUUGCAACAAGGCUGCUGGCACAGUGUAGUGAAGUCCAGCUGGGAAAGACCACCACUGCUCAGGAUUUAGUCCAGCAUUUUAAAAAGCUGUCAACUCAGGGGCAUAUGGAUGAAAAAUGGGGGCCUGAACUUGAUAUUGAAAAAACCAAAUUGCUGUAUACAGCAGGUCAGUCAACACAUGCCAUGGAAAUGUUGAGUUCCUGUGCCAUAUCUUUCUGUAAGUCUGCCAAAGCAGAGUACGCAGUUGCUAAGUCAAUUCUGACACUGGCUAAAUGGAUCCAAGCAGAAUGGAAGGAAAUUUCAGGGCAGCUCAAACAGGUUUACAGAGCACAGCAACAGCAGAACUUCACAGGCCUUUCUAAUUUGUCUAAAAACAUACUCACUUUAAUAGAGCUACCAACUGUUAAUACGAUGGAAGAAGAAUAUCCUCGGAUUGAGAGCGAAUCUACAGUGCACAUUGGAGUUGGAGAACCUGACUUCAUUUUGGGACAGCUGUAUCACCUGUCUUCGGUACAGGCACCUGAAGUAGCCAAAUCUUGGGCAGCCUUGGCUAGUUGGGCGUAUAGAUGGGGCAGAAAGGUGGUUGACAAUGCCAGUCAGGGAGAAGGUGUUCGUCUGCUACCUAGAGAAAAAUCUGAAGUUCAGAAUCUACUUCCAGACACAAUAACUGAUGAGGAAAAAGAAAGAAUAUAUGGUAUCCUCGGACAGGCUGUAUGUCGUCCAGCAGGAAUUCAGGAUGAAGAUAUAACUCUUCAGAUAACGGAAAGUGAAGACAAUGAGGAAGAUGAUAUGGUUGAUGUUAUCUGGCGUCAGUUAAUAUCAAGCUGCCCGUGGCUCUCAGAACUUGAUGAAAGUGCAACCGAAGGAGUUAUCAAAGUGUGGAGGAAAGUUGUAGAUAGAAUCUUCAGCCUGUAUAAAUUGUCUUGCAGCGCAUACUUUACUUUCCUUAAACUCAAUGCAGGACAGAUUCCAUUAGAUGAAGAUGACCCUCGGCUGCAUUUAAGUAAUAGAGCAGAGCAGAGCACUGAUGAUGUGAUCGUGAUGGCAACCUUACGAUUGUUGCGCUUACUGGUUAAGCAUGCUGGAGAGCUCAGGCAGUACCUGGAGCAUGGCUUGGAGACCACACCUACUGCCCCAUGGAGAGGAAUUAUUCCACAACUAUUCUCACGCUUAAACCAUCCUGAAGUAUAUGUACGCCAAAGUAUUUGCAACCUUCUGUGCCGUGUGGCUCAGGAUUCUCCACAUCUCAUAUUGUAUCCUGCGAUAGUGGGUACCAUAUCUCUUAGCAGUGAAUCCCAGGCUUCAGGAAAUAAGUUCUCCUCUGCAAUUCCUACUUUACUUGGAAAUAUUCAAGGAGAAGAGUUGCUGGUGUCUGAAUGUGAGGGAGGAAGUCCUCCUGCUUCUCAGGAUAGCAAUAAGGAUGAGCCUAAAAGUGGAUUGAAUGAAGACCAAGCCAUGAUGCAGGACUGCUACAGCAAAAUUGUUGAUAAACUGUCCUCUGCAAACCCUACGAUGGUGUUACAGGUCCAGAUGCUGGUGGCUGAGCUGCGCCGGGUCACCGUUCUGUGGGAUGAGCUCUGGUUGGGAGUCCUGCUCCAGCAGCACAUGUAUGUUCUGAGGCGAAUCCAGCAGCUUGAAGAUGAGGUGAAGAGGGUCCAGAACAACAACACCUUACGCAAAGAAGAGAAAAUUGCGAUCAUGCGGGAGAAGCACACGGCUUUGAUGAAGCCCAUCGUGUUUGCACUGGAGCACGUGAGGAGCAUCACUGCGGCCCCUGCAGAAACGCCACAUGAAAAGUGGUUUCAGGACAACUAUGGCGAUGCAAUUGAAAAUGCCCUCGAAAAAUUAAAGACACCGUCCAAUCCUGCGAAGCCAGGAAGCAGCUGGAUCCCCUUUAAAGAGAUAAUGCUGAGUUUGCAGCAGAGAGCACAGAAACGGGCAAGUUACAUCUUGCGUCUUGAAGAAAUCAGUCCAUGGCUGGCUGCCAUGACAAACACAGAAAUUGCUCUUCCUGGAGAAGUUUCAGCCAGAGACACUGUCACAAUCCACAGUGUGGGGGGAACCAUCACUAUCUUACCCACUAAAACCAAGCCAAAGAAACUUCUCUUUUUAGGAUCAGAUGGGAAAAGUUAUCCCUAUCUUUUCAAAGGAUUGGAGGAUUUACAUCUGGAUGAGAGAAUAAUGCAGUUUCUGUCAAUUGUAAAUACCAUGUUUGCUACAAUUAAUCGCCAGGAAACACCUCGUUUCCAUGCUCGACACUAUUCUGUAACACCACUUGGAACAAGAUCGGGAUUAAUCCAGUGGGUGGAUGGAGCUGCACCCUUAUUUGGACUUUACAAACGAUGGCAGCAACGGGAAGCUGCCCUCCAAGCACAAAAGGCCCAAGAUUCCUACCAAACUCCUCAGAAUCCUGGAAUUGUUCCUCGUCCUAGUGAACUCUAUUAUAGUAAGAUUGGUCCUGCUUUGAAAGCAGUUGGACUUAGUCUGGAUGUGUCCCGCCGAGAUUGGCCUCUUCAUGUGAUGAAAGCAGUGUUAGAGGAGUUAAUGGAGGCCACCCCACCGAAUCUUCUUGCCAAAGAGCUUUGGUCCUCUUGCACAACACCUGAUGAAUGGUGGAGAGUUACCCAGUCUUACGCACGCUCUACUGCAGUCAUGUCUAUGGUUGGGUAUAUAAUCGGCCUUGGAGACAGACAUCUGGAUAAUGUUCUCAUAGAUAUGACAACUGGGGAAGUCGUUCACAUAGAUUACAAUGUUUGCUUUGAGAAAGGUAAAAGCCUUAGAGUUCCUGAGAAAGUGCCUUUUCGAAUGACACAGAACAUUGAAACCGCACUGGGUGUAACUGGAGUAGAAGGUGUUUUCAGGCUUUCUUGUGAGCAGGUCUUACAUAUUAUGCGACGUGGCAGAGAGACUCUGCUGACCUUGUUGGAGGCAUUUGUGUAUGAUCCCUUGGUUGACUGGACAGCGGGCGGUGAGGCUGGGUUUGCUGGUGCUGUCUACGGUGGGGGUGGCCAGCAGGCCGAGAGCAAGCAGAGCAAGAGGGAAAUGGAACGAGAGAUCACCCGCAGCCUCUUCUCUUCCCGAGUUGCUGAAAUUAAGGUAAACUGGUUUAAGAACAGAGAUGAGAUGCUGGUUGUGCUCCCUAAACUGGACAGCAGCCUAGAUGAGUACCUGAGCCUGCAAGAACAACUGACUGAUGUGGAAAAGCUACAGGGCAAAUUACUGGAGGAGAUAGAGUUCCUAGAAGGAGCGGAAGAUGUGGAGCAUCCUUCUCACACUCUACAGCACAGGUAUUCUGAACACACUCAGCUACAGACCCAGCAGAGAGCUGUUCAAGAAGCAAUACAGGUGAAGCUGAAUGAAUUUGACCAGUGGAUCACACAUUAUCAAGCUGCAUUCAAUAAUUUAGAAGCUACACAGCUUGCAAGUUUGCUUCAGGAAAUAAGCACACAAAUGGACCUUGGUCCCCCAAGCUAUGUGCCAGCAACAGCUUUUCUGCAGAACGCUGGUCAGGCCCACUUGAUAAGCCAGUGUGAGCAGCUGGAGGGUGAGGUUGGUGCUCUUCUGCAGCAGAGGCGCUCUGUGCUGCACGGCUGCCUGGAGCAGCUCCAUCACUACGCGACCGUUGCGCUGCAGUAUCCCAAGGCCAUUUUUCAGAAGCAUCGCAUUGAGCAGUGGAAGACCUGGAUGGAAGAGCUCAUCUGUAACACCACCGUGGAGCGCUGCCAGGAGCUCUAUAGGAAAUAUGAAAUACAGUAUGCUCCCCAGCCACCGCCCACAGUGUGUCAGUUCAUCACUGCCACAGAAAUGACCCUGCAGCGGUACGCUGCAGACAUAGAGUUGAACUCAAAUUUCCGGCAAAUCAUAUUUCCAGAAGCCCUCAGAUGUUUAAUGAAAGGGGAAUACACAUUAGAAAGUAUGCUUCAUGAACUGGACAGUCUUAUUGAGCAGACGACUGAUGGCGUUCCCCUACAGACUCUGGUUGAGUCUCUCCAAGCCUAUCUAAGAAACACAGCUAUGGGCCUGGAAGAAGAAACACACGCUCAUUACAUUGAUGUUGCCAGAAUACUGCAUGCUCAGUAUGGUGAAUUAAUCCAACCAAGAAAUGGCUCCGUUGAUGAAACACCGAAAAUGUCAGCCGGCCAGAUGCUCUUGGUGGCAUUUGAUGGCAUGUUUGCCCAAGUUGAAACUGCUUUUGGCUUAUUAGUUGAAAAGUUAAACAAGAUGGAGAUUCCUAUAGCAUGGCGAAAGAUUGACAUCAUAAGGGAAGCCAGAAGCACUCAGGUCAAUUUUUUUGAUGAUGAUAAUCAUCGGCAGGUGCUGGAAGAGAUUUUCUUUCUAAAAAGACUACAGACAAUUAAGGAAUUCUUCAGACUCUGUGGUACUUUUUCCAAAACACUGUCAGGAUCAAGCUCACUAGAAGAUCAAAAUACUGUAAAUGGACCUGUACAGAUUGUCAAUGUGAAAACCCUGUUUAGAAACUCUUGUUUUAGUGAAGACCAAAUGGCCAAGCCUAUCAAGGCCUUUACAGCUGACUUUGUGAGGCAGCUCUUAAUUGGUCUACCAAACCAAGCCCUUGGGCUCACACUCUGCAGUUUCAUUAGUGCUCUGGGAGUAGACAUUAUUGCCCAAGUAGAAGCAAAGGACUUCGGUGCUGAAAGCAAAGUUUCUGUGGACGACCUGUGUAAGAAAGCUGUGGAGCACAACAUCCAGGUUGGCAAGUUCUCUCAGCUGGUGAUGAAUAGGGCAACGGUGUUGGCAAGCUCUUACGACACUGCCUGGAAGAAGCACGACCUGGUGCGCAGGCUGGAAACCAGCAUCUCUUCCUGUAAGACAAGCCUGCAGCGCGUCCAGCUGCAUAUAGCCAUGUUUCAGUGGCAGCAUGAAGAUCUCCUAAUCAACCGACCACAGGCCAUGUCAGUCACACCUCCACCUCGUUCUGCUAUCCUAACCAGCAUGAAAAAGAAACUCCACACUCUGAGCCAGAUUGAAACUUCGAUUGCAUCAGUUCAGGAGAAGCUAGCAGCACUUGAAGCAAGUAUUGAGCAGCGACUCAAGUGGGCAGGUGGUGCCAAUCCCGCUCUGGCUCCUGUACUCCAGGAUUUUGAAGCCACAAUAGCCGAAAGAAGAAAUCUUGUCCUUAAAGAGAGCCAAAGAGCAAGUCAGGUCACUUUCCUCUGCAGCAAUAUCAUUCAUUUUGAAAGUUUAAGAACUAGAACUGCAGAAGCCUUAAACCUGGAUGCUGCCUUAAAUCUGGUGGAUAAUAUAAAGACUGUGCUCACUGGUCACAACCGACAGCUUGGAGAUGUCAAACAUCUCCUGAAAGCAAUGGCUAAGGAUGAAGAAGCUGCUUUGGCGGAUGGUGAAGAUGUUCCCUAUGAGAACAGUGUUAGGCAGUUCUUGGGUGAAUAUAAGUCAUGGCAGGAUAACUCCUAUGCAGUGAGCGUGUGGAAGAGAGUGAAAGCCAAGUUGGAAGGCCGAGAUGUUGAUCCAAAUAGGAGGAUGUCAGUUGCUGAACAGGUUGACUAUGUCAUUAAGGAAGCGACUAAUCUAGAUAACUUGGCUCAGCUGUAUGAAGGUUGGACAGCCUGGGUAUGA